ACUUCAAGUCAAGCUCUCAUCUUAAUUAAUACCGAUAACGUCACGAUACCGGAGUUCAGCAAACUAAAGCUAAAUACAGAAAAUAAGCUAUACCCGGUGUCAAGGAUAAAUUUUCACGGAGAACAACUUUCAUUAUUAGACAGCUCACCCAGAGAUUUACGUUCGGAUAGUUCGUCACCACAAAAGGAACUGUUUGCAGAAGCUACAGAUAAAGGCUGUAGAGGUGUAUUCGCUUUUGAUCCCUUCACCAGAGAUUUUAGUUGGCAAUUAUUGUCCGAUAUUAACGCCGGCAAGCUCGAUCAACUACCCAAACAAAGCGCUUUGCCUCGGCUUGAGAAGUGUACGUCCAAGAAGAGUGUUAGUUAUAUGGAACCGAAUAUGGAAGAUGAACUGCCUUUGGGUCGCGUUCCAGACCCGGUUGCAUUUGAACAGAGCAUCAGGAAACUCAUGAAUUUGGGAUUUAGGUCAGAAUCAAAUAAAACAUUGGAUGAAUCCUCUGAAAUUUGUUCGGCCAGAAAACAAAGUACGAGUUUAUUAAAGACACCAUGCUUGAGGAAAUCAAGAACAGAGAAAACCUUAAUUCAAGAAUCACGCCUUCAACAGUUACGACACCCGUCUGCCCCGGUAGUUAGUCAACACCCAGAAAUAUUUCAAACAACAAUAACAAGACUUCCUCGUAGAAUGGAUAGUUUUGUUUUGAAUUAUAAAUCAGCCUCUACGCCUUCCAUCGCAAAGGUCGAAGAACGAGCGCUGUUUGAAGAGGUUAAACGACGUGUUGCAAAAAGGAAAAAAAAGAAAUAUGUUCCAACAAUUCGCAUGCGCCGAGAACUCCCUCCUCCCAAUUCCAACGUUCUGUGUUUUAACUUUUAUAACGGCGAUUUCUCACACAGAGAUGUCAAAAACAUGAUUGAAUCGCAGUCAGAGACCAAAAUACUUAAUCUCAAAUUUGAUCCGAUAUAUGUCCAUAUGGGUGGAUCCUGUAGCCAGUAUAAGAGUAUGUGGGUUUUUACUGUUAAUAACAUGUCUGCCCGGGCGAAUCUCCUAUAUUAUGGGCUACGUUUUAAGGACGAAAACAUCAGAGUGCGGCUAUACGAUGAUAUCAUGAGAGAAGAACACAAUGCCUAUAAGUUAUAUAAAGAAGUGGAAAAUGAAAAGUUGAAAACACAACCACAGUCAGACCAUGUUGAGAAACAUACAAAACCUGUACCGGUACCCGCAACACCAAUCCCAGCUGGGCUACUCACGGCCAGUUUUGUCAGUUCUCCUGAGCACCCACAGUCUGAAAUGAAAGUUAAAAAAUCAAAAACACGUAAAGGUCAUCGAGAUAAACAAAUUAGUUUUUACAUACACUGAAACAUAUAGAACAUAAUAUUUUAAACGUUUUAUUUUCGUUUACAAACUGCUGU